AUGGCAGGAUGUAAAGUAGCAGUUGUUGCUGUCCUUGCCGGCCUUGCACACGGAUGCUCGCGGGCCUACUACGAGGACGCGUCCGGACGAUUCUACACUGGUCGCACGAUGGACUGGAAGGAGCCGACGCAGGAAAAAGUGUGGGUCUUCCCACGGGGAAUGAAACGAGAUGGAGGAGUAGGCCCUGGCUCAUUGGAGUGGACCUCAAAGUGGGGCUCGGUAGCCACGUCUUUUUACGAUAUCGCUUCGGUGGAUGGCAUGAACGAGAAAGGCCUGGUCGCAAACCUCCUCUACUUUGUGGAGUCUGACUACGGCUCUGCAUCGCGUGGAGACCAGAAGAAGCUCUCCGUUGGUGCCUGGCUUCAGUACGUCCUGGACAACUUUGCCACAGUGCAGGAGGCCGUGGACGCUUUGAAGGGAGAUUCGCUGAACAUCAUCUCUCCGACCCUGCCCAGUGGAGAGUCUGCGAGCGGACACAUGUCUAUCUCCGACGCCAUCAAUGGGUCGGCAGUUUUGGAGUACAUCUCUGGGCGCUUGAUCAUCCAUCACAGCUCUCAGUACAAAGUGAUGACCAACUCACCACCAUAUGAUCAGCAACUGGCGCUGAUGGCGUACUGGCAAGGGGUUGGCGGCCAUACGUUCCUUCCGGGAACGCAUCGUGCUGCAGACCGCUUUGCGCGUCUAAGCUACAACCUUGACGCUGUGCCCAAG